UCCUAGUACCUACCUACCUACCUGCAUGUUUUGAUAAGAUUUCUUUCGCGUUAAUUUUAAUAAGUAUUCAUUAGAAAAAAGAAUGUUUUUAUAGCAUUAAUCCACCAUUAAUCUUACUAAAUUUUAUUUAAAUAUAAUCGUUAUAUGUUAGUAGUGAAUAACUUACUUACCUAGUUGAUAUUUGUGUAUUCAAAAUGUGUAUUCCAUUAUCGAGAUGUUGUUUUUGUGUGAGUUUGGAUGUCGGUUCAAAGAUUAUUUCGAUUGUUAACUUGACGUCAUCAGUUAUGAUCGCCAUGGUGUACGGCUCGGCGGCCAUGUUACCAGCGCCGGUGGCCGAGAGCCGGAAGAUCGUGUACGCCAUCAUCGCCAGUGGCGCCAUGUUCCAGCUGCUGAUUGGCUGCCUCUUGAUCUACGGCGUGUUUGGGAAAAAGCCCUGGUUAAUACUGCCCUGGCUCGUGAGUAACUGGAUUUUUUGCUUAACUCUGAUCGCGCUCGCAGUCUUCGGUACGAUACUCAUCGCGUUACGGUACGUGGCGGGGGAGGAGACUGCCAGCGAAGUCAGCACCAUGGCUUCAGUCUAUUGCAUUUAUGGAGUCGUGUUAUACUACUUCGCGUCGGUGAUAAACAGCAGAAGAGAUGAAAUGCUCCGGGAUACUUCCACAGAAUCUUUGAAGAGGUUGAUGAGAAGAGAUGUCUAUUACCAAUUUGAAGUCAAAAGUGAUACAGAAAGUAAAGAAGUAUCUGGCAAUGGUGACAAAUCUGUUGGUGAAUAUAUAGAGGAUAAUAAUAAAACUUCAAAGGAAUUUGAUUUGAAGACAUUUCUUGAUGACGAUGAUACGAUAACUAUAAAGGAUGACAUUGAAAAUAGAACCCAUUCAAAUGCCAAAAAUAAUGAGAAAGAAAAACCAAAAGUACCCAAACUAGAUACGGUUAAUUGGAAAAUUGAUACAGCUUUCACACGUUCAAAGCUAGAAAAACCAGAAGAUGUCAUUGAUAAAAACCAGAACGAUUCAGACAGUGGAACACUGCAAGCCACAGGAAAAGAAUUUAAACCAAGUCCUCAGUUAGGUCAUUUUUAUGAUGAAGAUGCUUUCGUAGUGCCGACACAAGAAUCGAUAGGAUCAUUUUCUCCAUUGAACAAUCCAUCAACAUUUUUCAGUAGCCCUCCGGGAGAUUUCUACAAAUUAAACUACAAACCUCCCAUUAGCUAUCCAAAUCCAAUUGAUGCACCUUACAAAUUUGAAAACUCAAGAUCAAAAUAUAAGGAUUGGAAAUUUAACUCUGGAAUUGAUCCCAAACUAAAAAUUGAGGCUCCUGCGAAAAUUCCUGCAGGAGGACUUUACAAGCUUCCUGAUCCGUUUAAGGAAAAGCCAAGUUCUGAUGGUGAUGAUGAUAACUUUGGAUUGGAUUUUAAUGAUGAGGAGAAAGAUGCAAAGGAGAAUCCAGUUAAGAAGCGGGGCAACCCGUGGAAAAGCUUUCUGAACUUGGUGACUGCGUUGCUUCCAGUAGGCAUCAUCCUGUCAGCUCUGACUCCAAACAUCAUCACCCUGGAGAGCACUGAUAUCAAUCCUCACUACCCGAACCGAUUUUCUCGUCGAUCAGGUGACGUGGCGACCCUACCUCCCGUCAGCGAAAGCUGCAAGCGAAGAUUGUUAUGCGAAAUACAUUCCGAUACUAACUACAACAUGCAAUCCUCCCGUAAGCAAAAGCACUGCUACAAAAUCCAAUGCGAUGAUCCCCAAGCGUUGAGCAAAGUCCUGCACUGGUUGCUGGUGUUCAACCGCUCGCAGGGACGCCGACCUAAGGGUCACGACAGAAGAGCGUUUAUUGUCACCUGAACUACAGCUGAUUUUUUAUCAUCACGAUCGAGACACACUUAAAACAAGCCACGUCGGUUACCA